GGUGUGUUUCUUGCUAUUGUUUGUUUAAUUUCUGCUUGUUGUGUCUAAAGGCUAUUAAGCUGAAAGUCAAGGGCUUGAAUUAGGAAAUACCAGGAUUAGAGCUGCCUUUGGAGGAUUGAUUUGGUCCUUUGCCAUUUGUGUACGUUGCAGCCUUGGUCACUGUUAAAGUGAUAGAGUUACAAUGCACCAGAGCUCCUGCACUGUGCUCUGAGCGUGACAGGGAGGGAUGUUAAUGUCUGCAGUGUUCAGUGGGAUGAAUUGAAGCUGUUGUAGGAAUGAAGAAGGAAACUGUGGCCAGAAGGAUGGGUGCCUGUUGGAUUCUGCUUAGUCCUGCAGAUUUUACACCACUCUCUACUGGUUAUAUUGCACUGCUGUGUGGGCAGAGGGACACAGGAAUUACAUGGCGUUUAUUCUCCCAGUAUUAAAAAAAUAAGGGCAAAGCAGAUUAAAAUGAAAGAUUUUAAAAUAUUUCAAAAUAUUUGACUAAAACACUCUGUGGGUUAUGCAGCAGCUUCUAUUGGGUGUCUCUACCCCACAGUUAAAGUUUCCUAAGCUCUGUUGAUCUCCUACCUCCAUUUACCUUCUGCAACUUGCAUCCCAGAGGAAUCACUUGAGUUUGCAAACUCACUUUCUUCCAGGUGAAGGGAAAGUGGCCCUCCUGGAGCACUUAUAACUCUGUAAAUGUUAAUGGCUGCUCAGACCAUGAAACUGGAUUAGUGCCAGUCACACUCUGCCACUUCAAUUGGCAAAGGAGGAGGGUAAUGAACCACCAGCCUCACACCCCCACCUCCAUCCUCCCAGUAUUCUUAAGUAAAACACAGAAAGCAAAACAAACCAGAUUGCUUUCUCAAAUUAAGAUUGACUGCACUGCUUUUUAUAGAUGGAGGUGUGGGGGAAUUAUGCAUUAUAGUUAUCUAAGGUGAAUUAAGGAUAAAUUAGUGUUUAUGAAAUGACACUGCUAGGCACUGAAAUACUCAGUAGAGACUGAUCUGGUGAGGAAACAGCAUUCUGGUUUUGCUGUUGCCAUGUCACUAUGAACUCAUUUGGUAUUUUUAGGUGUAGAAAUGGUACCUCACUCCUUUAUGUUAUCAGUGCCCUGAGACACUGCAUGCAGCAUCCUUUAAAUCAUUUCUCAAUAAUAGCAAUUUAGACUUGGAUCACUUAUUUAUAUCCAUUAUUUUUAAGAUUUACCAUCCUCGUUUAUUAACCAUGGGGUUAUAGCUUCACAGUAUUGUUUUUUUUUUCUUUUGAUAAACUUUACAGUUUUGCUUGUAAGCUGAUGAACAGUGGAACCUUUUUGUUGUAAUUGCAUACAUCAUGUACAAAUGAAACUAAAAAGUAGUGUCUCAAAUGAGCUGUAAAAAUAAGAGAGUUGCUUUUCACAGAUACCUCAUUGACUUGUUUACAACCACCAUGGAGGUACUGUGGAGAAUGUCCAUGAAAAAAGUAAGAUAACUGAUAAUGCUGAUUUCUCUGUGUUCCUGUGCACAGAAAUAUAAAUUGCAACUCCUGCCAUAGAAGUUAUUUGUUUAACUUAAAACCUGGUUAUCUUCUUUUGUUAAGCUCUCAUCAGGAGCAGUAUAUUGAGUUAUCACGACAUCCUGCAGUAUGGAGUGGGCUGAGUUUUGAAGCAUAUGUAUCAUGGAGAUUUCUGCACUGCAGCUUAACUUGUGCUUAUUGUACUCUUGGAUGCAGCCAAGGGUAACUGUUCCUCAGGUGUAUGGGUUGUGGGCAUAAAGUGCUCUAAUGCUAAGGAAUGAAAUGGGGAUUUCAGUUCUCUGAUUGCUUUUCAUCCUGAGCAAAGCAAUGCAGGGAUACUUCAGUGAAAACUGACAUUUCCCACAAACCAGAUCCUGCCAGUGCAGUUUUAAGUGACACUUACAGUUAGAAGUAGAUAUUAACAGCACUUAUUAAGCAUAAGUAAACAUGAUGAAUUUAGAUUACAGACAAUAAUCCUGUUUCCUUUUCCCUUCCCAGUAUUAAUGCCCUUUCCAUCAUCCUAUUAAAAGUGAUAACGGAACCCCCUUAAUUUGUGUAGUCAGCAGGAGACUGUCACAGUUGCUUAGCCUCAGAAAGGCACAUCAGAAUCAUGGAGGGGCUCUUGCAUUACAUAAAUCCAGCACAUGCCAUCUCCCUCCUGAGCACCCUGAACGAGGAGCGUCUCAAGGGACAGCUGUGUGACGUUGUGCUGAUUGUAGGAGACCAGAAAUUCCGAGCUCACAAGAAUGUUCUGGCUGCCAGCAGUGAAUACUUCCAGACUCUGUUCACAAAUAAGGAGAAUGAGUCUCAGUCAGUGUUUCAGCUCGACUUCUGUGAACCAGAUGCUUUUGAUAAUGUGUUGAACUACAUUUAUUCCUCAUCCUUGUUCAUUGAGAAAGGCAGCCUCGCAGCUGUGCAAGAGCUGGGCUACAGUCUUGGAAUAUCUUUUCUUACAAACAUUGUUUCCAAGAGUCCUCAAGCUCCUUUUCCUUCUUGUCCUAUUAAAAAAGUACUCUAUCAAGAUGAAGAUGAAAGUAGUUCUCAGAAGAGAAGCGUAAUUGUCUGUCAGAACAGAAUUGAAGCACAAGCGAAAAGCGUAAAUCAAACACAACAUGACUUAAGCCAUACUCCUAAACCUUCACCCUCUGUGGCUGUCAAAGCCAGCAGCAGACCACAGGUAACAAAAUCAACUGAAACCCUUCACAACUUAUCACUGACUGAAAGGAGAUGGCUGAAAGAAGGCCCUGUGAGCUAUACGAAGGUUCAUGAAACUUCUGGAACUGUGGAGGAUCAGAGCAGAGGUGCUUUAGUGAAAAGGAACAUGGUGCUGCCUCAGAUGUCUUUAGUAGAGAAAGAAAUGGCAAGCGGCGACCCAGGAAGCAGCGCUCAGCUUCUGAGAGGAAAAGUUGCAGAGAUGUCCUUGAAAAGACCACGUCCACCAGUCUUGUCUCUGCGUGGGGCAGGGGAACCCACGUUUUUGUUGAGAGAGGCAGGAAAAGGAAGCGGUCAAGGGGAAGACAGGAAUUUGCUGUACUACUCCAAGUUAGGGCUGGUAAUCCCAUCUAGUGGGUCUGGCCCAGAAAACCAAAGUAUUGACAGAAGUGGGCCCCUUGUAAAAAGUCUCCUUCGAAGGUCACUGUCCAUGGACAGCCAGGUUCCUAUCUACUCACCUUCUGUUGACCUAAAACCUGCACAGGUAUCCUCGUGCUCCUCACCAGGAACCAACGAUUCCCAGAAGACUUUUAAUGUUGCAUCCCAAAAGUCGUCCUCGAAGGAGUCGUUGGAGAAGUCAGCCUUGGAUGAGAAGCCGCAGGUGAUACACCCACACCGCCUUAGGUCUUUCAGUGCCUCUCAGUCGCUGGAUCGGGAGGUCGCUUCCCCUCUGUCGGAGGUGCGGAUCAAAACUGAGCCCAGCAGUCCCCUCUCGGAUCCUGCUGACAUCAUUCGAGUUACAGUGGGGGAUGCCUCAGCAUCGGCAAACAAAGACUUUGCUUUCAAAACUGAGGAUGACCGUAAGGAACCAAGCAGACUUCCCGUGAAAAGGAGGUUCCAGGAUGACAGGAGGCUGCCGUUCAAGAAGCUGAAGGCGGAUGAGCAGGGUUCUCCUGGCUCAGAAGAGAACUUUGAGGAAGGCUUGAGCCCCACUCACCUUGAUGCUGAUUUCCCCGAUUCUGAUGUCAGUAAAGAUGAAUACAGCGAGAUGGAAGAAGCAAGACCAAAUAAAAAAUUUAAAUGUAAACACUGCCUUAAAAUUUUCAGAUCAACAGCAGGUCUUCAUCGACAUGUUAACAUGUAUCACAAUCCAGAGAAGCCCUAUGCUUGUGACAUAUGCCACAAGAGAUUCCACACCAAUUUCAAAGUGUGGACGCACUGCCAGACACAACAUGGAAUCGUGAAGAAUCCCUCACCGGCUUCCAGUUCACACGCCCUUUUGGAUGAAAAAUUCCAAAGAAAACUGAUCGAUAUAGUGAGGGAGAGAGAAAUCAAAAAAGCUCUGAUCGUGAAACUAAGACGUGGCAAGCAGAGCUUUCAGGGCCAGUCUGCUUCACAAGCACAACAAGUCAUCAAAAGGAAUUUAAGGUCAAGAACCAAAGGAGCCUAUAUUUGUACCUACUGUGGGAAAGCUUAUCGUUUCCUCUCCCAGUUCAAACAGCACAUAAAAAUGCACCCUGGGGAGAAACCCCUUGGAGGGAACAAGGCUCCUAAGCAGAAAGAUCACAUUCAUAUUGAAAACCCAGUGGAAAACAAGGAGGUUUAUCAGUGCCGUCUCUGCAACGCCAAGCUCUCCUCGCUUAUUGAACAGGGAAACCACGAGCGACUCUGCAGAAACGCCACUGUCUGUCCUUACUGCAGCCUUAGGUUUUCUUCUCCAGAGCUGAAGCACGAGCAUGAAAGCAAGUGUGAGUACAAGAAGCUGACUUGCCUUGAGUGUAUGCGCACCUUCAAAUCAUCCUUCAGCAUCUGGCGUCAUCAGGUUGAAGUUCACAAUCAGAACACAAUGGCUCCAUCAGAGAACUUUUCUUUGCCUCUCAUGGAUCACAAUGGAGAAAUCACCAGUUCGUCACGGCUGCCUGCGCAGUCGGAAUCCAAUAAAAUGAACAAUUUUGUUGCUGCAAAGGAGGACGGUGUGUUCAGUGAUUCGUCAGAACAAAUCAAUUUUGAUUCUGAAGACUCUUCGUGCCUGCCUGAAGACUUGAGUGUUUCCAAGCAGUUUAAAAUCCAGAUCAAAGAGGAGCCCGCAGAUGAUAUAGAGGACGAGGUCACCGAAACAAGCAGGGAACCUAAGGAUGUAGUCUCCAAGAAAGAUCCCAGCUUGUGGCCCUGUGAAAAGUGUGGGAAGAUUUUCACCUUACGCAAACAGCUGGAGCGUCACCAGGAGCUCCUGUGCUCCGUGAAGCCGUUCAUUUGCCACGUGUGCAACAAGGCCUUCCGAACGAAUUUCCGCCUCUGGAGCCACUUCCAGUCUCACAUGUCCCAGGCCGCAGAGGAGUCCACAAACAAGGAGCCUGAGAUAUGUCCACCAGCUAAUUCCCCAUCACCCCCACCCUUACCCCCACCCCCGCCACUCCCCAAAAUCCAGCCUUUGGAGCCCGACAGCCCCACGGGCUUGCCGGAGAGCUCCAGCACUACUGAGAAGCUGUUCGUGCCGCAGGAGUCGGACACGCUCUUCUACCACGCCCCGCCGCUCUCGGCAAUCACCUUCAAGAGACAGUACAUGUGCAAACUCUGCCACAGGACUUUCAAGACAGCGUUCAGCCUCUGGAGCCAUGAACAGACACACAAUUAGCUUUAACAGAACCUUUCAGAGCUGGUUUGGGAGGGGGCUGUGUUCAGGAUCUCAGAGGUUUGCCACAUAGACUAGAAAUUUAAGAGGAUCGAAAUGAUGAUGGUGGAAAAUCUGGAAUUUGUGAUGCUGCUUGGAUUUGGAGAUUAGGGAAAACUAGAACUCGGUUAGUAGGUAGAAAGCAGAGUAAUUUAAAAUACUGUGGUCUGGGAUCUAAUAGUAACAGAAUAAAUUUUAUUUUAUUUCAUUUGACACUGAAAUACAAUUGCAUCUGGAUUGUAUGCAUGGAUCUUCAUCCCGUGAUGUUGGUGUGUGCGUGUGUAUUAUAUAUAAAGUUAUAUAUUAAACGAAAGAGAAACAACAAUUUGGAUUCUAACUGUGAGCUUAUAGUAGUGAAAUACUGUAACCAACGUCGUAAUUUGUUUUUCAAAAAGAAACCAACACACACAAGCUCCAUGUAAGGCAGUUUGGGAGGAAGUGGAUGGAGUGUCUUGCUGUAUUGACUUAGGUCUUAGAAACCUUUAGCAAUAACAAAGAAACCUCAAGUCUGAGUAAUCCUGAUAUUAUUGGAUACAAAUGUUUGCUAUUUUAAGGGAACAUAGAAUUGUUUUGUUGUUGUAUGGAACUUGUGCAAAUUAAAAUAGAAUCUAAAGUCAGCAAUAUUAUUACUAAGAUUUUAUAUAAGAAGUAGCAGCAAGCCUGCUUUCAGCCAUUUAAUUAUAACUUUCUAAGGAAAAUUGAGAGAGGGGGGUACUUUGCUUUAUAUAAUGUCCCAAAGACUAAUUUCCUAUGGAUACUUGGGUAGCUGAAGUCAUUGUGUAACAGCCAUCAUAAUGCAAAUGGUACUGUUUAUAACAUGAACUGAGGUUGAAUGGAUGUCAGACAAGUUUCAUAGUUUUGUUUCCACUAUUUGUACAACUGUUUGUAAUUUUAACUACAAAGGAAUGUAUAACUAUUAAAUCAACAAGAGAGAGCUCGUUAAGGGACAGAAGAUGAGUUGUGUUUCUAAACACAAGUAAUAAGCUCGGCCGUGAGUACAAAGAGAUGUUUUAACAAAACCUAAAAAUGUAAAUAUUUAUAUAGACACCUGUAUAAAUGAAGAAGUAUGUAUUUGAAAUUUGUAUUAAGCGUACAUAUCCAGCUCAAAGCAGAGGAGAAAAUCACACUACAAUCACUACAUUUUAUGGAUACAAUGCAUAUAGAGUAGUUCUUUCUGCCGCUUUCAUAUGUGACUGUGUUGCAAUUUUCCAAUUUGUUGAAAAUUGUGGUAAUAAUGGGCUGCAGAUAUUCUGUGUGGUUCCAUUACUUUACCUCAAAUGGCAACUGGAGCAUUUAGUGUAAGUAGGAUCACACAUAUUUACCAGGAGCUAUAGGAAGGGUCCAAUUUUUUUCUUGUAAGUCAAGGAAAUAUUUACCCAGAAGUAGGAGGUGAACCAACAGUGAGAAAUUCUUCUGCUAGAAUUUAAACUUGGUGGAAGGGUGGUGGGUUAGAGUGAACAUAAGUGAUGCAAAGAGUGUUUAUGAUCCUGACCAACAACCCUGCAGGGUUGGGAGAAGGGGGUUGAAAUUCCACACUGCUGAGUCAGAGCCCAGUCUGUGUCCACUGAAACCAGCACGAGUUUGGUCACCAGUUUCAGGGGCAGCAGGAGCGAGGCUUGAAUUCCCUGUGUAACCAUGUAACUGUUUUCUCAGUAUCCCAAGUUCAAAAGGUAGAAUUGCAAGCUGAUGCUGAGAUUCAGCAAAAUCAAGCACAAGUGUAACUCCUAAGAAUCUGAGGAUGGGCACCCUUAGGCACACACCAGAUUUUUCUCAGUGAAAGCCAAGUGUGCCACCUUUUUUUUUUCAACAGAUAUUUAAUUAUUUUUCCUCUAAGUGAAGUUUGAAAGAAUUAACUCAGGAUGGACCCCUGAUUUUUUUUCAGCUACCAAAAAAUUUGCAAUGUUAAUUUCAAGCCUCUUCUGCUUUGUUUUUACUACAAUCUAAAAUUGCUACUAGACACCUCUGAAAGUAACAUGUUCUUUUUUGUCCUCUUUCAGGCAAACUGGCUGAGUGUGAUUAGGCUAAUUUGCUUGAGUAUCAGUUAAACUCUUUCAGUGGCAUUGCAGUUAAACCAAGGAACUUGCUUAAUAGUGUCAUUUCCAGUUACUGACUUUUUUAUUCCACCUACUAAAAAUUUCUUUCUUGCCAGAAACGAUUUCAGAGUAAAAUGGUUAUUGCACUUAAACCUGGUUUUAAAAAUCAGAGAAACAUAAAGCCUUGCUAAGUACCCUUUAUAUAUGUUUAAGAAAUGUGUGUGUAUAAAAUACGAACGUGUUUUUGUAGAACGGUUCCUAAGAUUUUCCCCAGUGAUUCCUCUGCACAACAGCCUGAAAAUUUAGCUACAGCCUUUUAAAAUUCAGUGUGCUUUCUGAAGGAAGGUGGCAACCAGCUCAGCUGGGUCACAGCCAUCUCCCUUCCAGCUGGGAUUCUGCUCUGUGCUAUGGUGAGAAAUUCUACACACUUUAAAUCAAAACCUUGUGCAACAUCUUUGAAGAAACCCUGACCUUUUUCCUAGUGUACUAGGUAUUAUAAAGAAUCCAUAAAAUAUUUUUUGGUCUAAGUAGCCUCCUAAGUUUUUCUUCAGUUGCUUUGGUUUUGUGGGGGGGGGGUUAAAGUUUUGUUUUCCACUUUGAGCGUGUUCUGUGUGAUUUUUUUCUUUUUUUACAUUUGGUUCCUGUUAUUUAGUAAAGGAAUUCAGGAUCUCUAAAAUUUAAAUAUGAGAUGUUUAUAUAGCAGUUCUGGUUUUCUAUUAGCUUUUAUACAGUAUCUUAAAAAGCCCUUGAUAGAAGUGUUUAUUUUGGAGGAUACGGAAUAAAUAUGCUUCCACUUAUAUAACUUUAAUAUAUGUCUUAAAAUUUAAAUUAUGGAAAAAAAUGUUAGUUGCUUGUUUAUAAAUAAAGGUCUUUUGAAGAGUGUCUAGUUUGGCCACAGCCAAAAUAAAAGGCAAAUUUAUUGAUACAAAAGCCUGUCUUCAUCAUAUUUUGUUUAAUUUUAUAGCUGUGUAUUGAAGUGACACAAAGUUAGAGGUCUUGUUAAAUAUGAGAAAGUGUUUUGCUUUUUUUUCUAAAAUUUGUGACAGGAAUGUGCAGAUGUUUUAAUAUAUAGAUUAGAAUCUAUAAUUCUGUCCUUUUUUUGCUAUUUUUAUAACCUAUCAGAUAAAUCUCAGAGAACUAUCCUGCUUCAGUGGGAGUGGAAACUAGUGUUGCAUUUCAGGGGAGCAGUGUUGAGCCAUGAAAUGUAUUUUGGUUUGGGACUUUUUUUCCUUUCAGGCACUGUGUUGGCAAAGCCUCUAAGCCUACUUUAAGUCCAUUAAGAUCAGUCUUAAUAUUUUUUUUGAAAUUGUUCUGUCCAAGUUUAUUGCUGAAUUGGGACCAUGACCAGCCUGGAAAGGGAGCAGUGGCAGCAGAACACGAAGCAGUAACAAAACUGUCUCCAGUUUUGGGUUAUUUGGUGAGGCACAGCGAAACACCCCUGGCAGGUGAUGGAGGAGAUAACCUGGUGACCCCAGAGUUUGUCUGGGGUCUUUCAGAAAUGAGAUCUUGUGUUAUCUGUCACCCCAAACAGCUGUAGGAGGCUUGGCCUGUGUUUCCUGUGUGGGCAGGAACAUCCAGGAGGGGUUUUUGCCUGAUGUUGUUUGUUUUCCCCCAAAUUGGACGUGCGGGUUUGCUCCAGAGCUCUGCAUGUUCUCUGUUGCUGUUCCAAGCUUCCAGUGUUCAAAUGAGUUCCUCCCAUGGGAUAAGGACAGACUAUGCCUAAUUUCUUGGCUCUGAUAGUGAGGGUGCAAAUAUCUGGCAUGAGCCUGUGACCUGGCAUGUGCCUAUACUGUUCGAUAAAAUUGUUUACAUUUUCCUACCAGAAGAUUUAGAUAAAAUCAAAACAAGCUUAGGGGGUUGUUUUUUGUUGGAGUUUUGUUUGUUUUGGUUGGGGUUUUUUUAGUGUUGCUGUUGUUGAAUCAGUGUUAAAAUCUUUUUAUUUUCUGUUGUUGCUGAACACGGCCUGAUAGUAUUUUUAAUGUUAUUGAUUUUUGUUUAUUUAAAAUGACUUGUGAAAAACUGUACUGUAACUGCUCUAUGAAAAGGGACACUAUCAAGAGAAAGGCUGGACAUAUCUAUAUUAGAAAUACUUUAUAGUAAUUAAUAUUGAAAAAUUUAAAAACAAAUUGAGUCAUAACACUUGAGCUACUUGGGCAUGAAGAUCCUAUUAUGGGCAGCCUCAGUUGUUGUGAGGAUGUCUGAAAAAUGAAUUCUGUGGAUUGAGCUGAUUUUUCACGUUGCUUUUUCUCUCACUAUUCCAGAAUAAAGGACUCAAUCCUCUUUUUCCUUUUCCAGUCUCCCAGUGGUACACAUUACCUUUUAAAACGACACAAGCUUCCCACUGUUGCAGCAGCAGCUUUACUUCAAAUAUGUACAGAAAACCAGAACAAACCCUUUUUGCAGUGUUAAGUGCAAAAUACACAUAAAGUACAUCUUUUAAGGCUUAUUCUUGACAGUGUCCCUUUUUAAAAAGCAGGAAAAUGGGAUCACUUUAAGUGCUUGGGUACAGGGGAAUAGUUUCCUAUAGAAAUUGGAAUUAUCCAAUAUAUUUUCUAGAGAGUUUUCUGGUUAGUUACACCAAAUCACUUGUCAUUUUAAAGGAUUAUAGAGGUAAAACAAGCAACUCUGGGUUUAUAAUCCUGUAUACCUUAUACAUUCUAUAUCUGUUCAAUACACCAGGAUGGGUUUUUACUUUUUUUAGGACUGAGACUUAAUAGCUUAAGGCAACUUUUUCUUUAAUGUAAUGUAAAUCCAUUGCUGCUUUGUACAACUUUUUCUACUGUGUGUUUUCUUUACUUAGAUCUUGACUAAGAAAUGUUGACGUCCAAUAAACUUACACUUUGUUUCUUUUGA